UGGUUGGCUGCCUUCGAGCACUGUUUUGUUCGCGAAGUUUUACGUAACUUAGAUAGACAAUGUCUGGACGUGGUAAAGGAGGAAAAGUAAAGGGAAAGUCAAAGACUCGUUCCAACCGUGCUGGACUUCAGUUCCCAGUUGGAAGAAUCCAUCGUCUUCUUCGCAAGGGUAACUACGCUGAGCGAGUUGGUGCCGGAGCUCCAGUUUAUUUGGCAGCUGUCAUGGAGUACUUGGCCGCUGAAGUUCUCGAAUUGGCAGGUAAUGCUGCUCGUGAUAACAAAAAAACCAGAAUUAUCCCUCGCCACUUGCAACUUGCCAUCAGAAACGACGAGGAGUUGAACAAGCUUCUGUCUGGCGUUACAAUCGCCCAGGGAGGUGUCCUACCUAACAUCCAGGCUGUUCUUUUGCCUAAGAAGACUGAGAAGAAGGCUUAAGCUCCAAAAACUUAAUCUAUCAAAUAUAUAAUCGGCCCUUUUAAGG